UUUUGAAACCUUCAGCCUUCAAGAUCAAGAUACCUGAAGAUCCCAACAUCAUGACCUCAGUUUCAACACAGUUGCUCUUGGUCCUCAUCUCACUGCUUUUGGUGCUGCCUGUUGUUGAAGCAGUAGAAGCUGGAGAUGCAGUCGCUCUCUUGUUAGGUGUGGCUCUCAGCAUUACAGGCAUUUGCGCUUGUUUGGGGGUAUAUGCACGAAAGAGGAAUGGACAAAUGUGA